AUGAACAGCAAAAACUCGCUCAUGCGUAACUUCGACGCAUCCACCAAUCGAUCGGACGCAAAUGUCUCUUGGUACUAUCAAGAUCAAGGCAACUUCCAGAACUUGGAUAUGGAGACCUGGAAGGAUAGGGUCGAUCUAGCGAGAGCAUGGCCAAGUACAGGAACAAGAAGAAGUAACGUGGAAAUUUUCCACGCCCACUUCGGCUGGGUCAUUGCGCUUAUCGUCUCGUCGACCGUGCUCAUCGUAGCGAGUCUGGUGCCGUUCUACCUCCGCACCUUUCUCCCGCACGGCCCAGACGUGCUCAUGAACUUCUCUAGUCUGGCUGCGAGAGAUAAUCCUUAUGUAACUUUACCGGGGACGGGGACAUAUCUCGACGCAGCUGAUCGAUCGCGGUUACUAAAGGAUGUGCGUAUACAAUUUGGGGAUGUCGAAGAGGGCGGUGAGAUCGGGAGGUUGGCUAUUGGACGGUUGGAUGGGGACGUUGCGCCGCUGAGGAAGGGGAGGAAGUACGCGUAA